AUGGGUUUAAAUCAAAGCUUUAUGCAUCUUAUAGUAUUCUUUUUCCUCGUAGCUGGAUUUGCCUCUUCUUCCACCCACAUUUCAAAUGGAGCCUUUGAAUCUCAUGGAACUGCUGGACGUAGUCUCCUUCAAGCUAAAAAGGCUUGCAGUGAAGACUUCGAGCACAAGAACUACACAAUCCUCACAAGCAAGUGCAAAGGACCCCUGUACCCAGCCAAAGGUUGUUGUGAUGCUCUCAAGGAAUUUGCUUGCCCUUUCGCGGAUAAACUAAAUGACCUUACCACUGAUUGUGCUUCAACCAUGUUCAGCUACAUAAACUUGUACGGAAAAUAUCCGCCUGGCCUGUUCGCCAAUAUGUGCCGUGAGGGGAAAGAAGGUCUUGAAUGUCCUGAAUCAACCCCUAGCGGUAUGGCGGUCAUUAAGCCUACAUUGCCAGUGCUCAAGUCUGGAUUCCUAGUGUUGUUAUUUCACUUGUUCUAAAGGAUAAAAAUGUGGAGGAUUGACCAUUCUGCGGCCCUUUAUUCAUUGUUAAUCCAUUUUCUUCUUGUCUGAGUAUAUGAUUCUUCCAAAGGUCUGGUUUUCAGGUGAUGUUUUCUACUAUUUUGUAAGCUUUGGUUCACAUUGUUUUAUUAAAAUAUCUUAAAGAGUAUGAUUCUAUAUAAUCCGUUUGUUUUUGCCUCUGAACAUGGUUGAAAUUAAGACAAGCCCUGAAACAUUCUGGGA